AGCCCCGCGAUGCGGGCCCGGCUGCUGCGCGCCUGGCGCGAGGGCGUCAGGGCGGCGGGGCCGCCAUGGCGGGUCCUGUUCUUCGGCACCGACCGCUUCGCCGUGACCACCCUGCGAGCCCUGCGGGCCGCCGGGGAGCCCAGCGAGGACUCGCUCGUGUCCCGGCUGGAGGUGGUGACCCUGCCCUCCCGCCUGGCCCGGGACCUGCCCGUCAGGAGCUGUGCCAGGGAGCUCCAGCUGCCUGUGCACGAGUGGCCGCACACGGGACCCGCGGGGCAGUUUGAUGUGGGUGUGGUGGCAUCUUUUGGACGUCUUCUAAGCGAGGAGCUCAUUCUGCAGUUCCCAUAUGGUGUGCUGAAUGUCCAUCCCAGCUGUCUCCCACGAUGGCGUGGUCCUGCACCCAUAGUCCACACGGUGCUUCAUGGUGAUAAGGUGACUGGGGUGACAAUUAUGGAAAUAAGACCAAAAAGGUUUGAUGUAGGUCCAAUUAUUAAGCAAGAAGAGGUCUCUGUUCCUCCCCACUGCACGGCACAGGAGCUGGAAGGGAUGUUGGCAAAGAUGGGGACAAACAUGCUGUUAGCAGUUUUGAAGAACUUGCCUGAAAGUUUAAAAAAUAAAAAAGAGCAGCCAAAAGAAGGAGUAACAUUUGCUCCUAAAAUCUCUAUAGCGAAGAGCUGUAUAAAAUGGGAAGAGCAAACAGCUGCACAAAUAAUUCAGCUGCAUCGUGCUAUAGGAAGUAUGUUUCCUUUGCAGACACUCUGGAAGGGUACUACCAUUAAACUCCUGGAUUUUGUGGAAGUGGAUAAUAUCCCUGGUUGUUCUGAUCAAAUACAGAAUGACUGUGAAGUUGUUCCUGGUUCAUUGUUGUUCCAUAAAAUGUCCCAAACAUUGAUAGCUCGCUGCAAGGAAGGCUGGGUUGGAAUCAAAACAGUUGUUUUAAAGAAGAAGCUUACAGCAGUUGACUUCUACAAUGGAUAUAUGCACUCUUGGUUCCAGCAGAAUCCAAGAACAGUUCAUCAGGAAUGCAGAUUUCAAACACUCAAACUUAGCACGGCAAAAAAGACUCUGAAAGAGAAGGGAAUAUUGGCGCAGGAUAUAAAGCAAUAAAUGUAUUUUUUAAUGUCUUUUUAGGUCACAUUCGGUGUGAGACCUAUUGCUGGCAGACAAUAAUCUGGCUCUCACUAAAGCAUAAAGCAACAGGAAGAGUUUGCCUGUGUUUCUGGGAAGUUUGAAGUGGCAUGUGCCCAGAAUCCCUGUAGAUGGAGCUCGCUGCAUCCCUUUUGGGUGAAAACCAAGGACAGCUGGACAGAAGAUGGUGAAAAUCUGGUACAGAAUGCCUUCAGUUAGUUGUUUAAUAGUGAAUAAUGUCUAAACCAUAUUUCAGCCAGGAUCCCAUGUACUUGUAAUUUAAUCUUUUGAUCUGUGCAGAGUUUGCUAUAAGGCUUCUUUUGUUUGCUGUGUGAGAGGUUAUAAAAGAUUGGACCAUUCUGAGUUGUUUAAUAGCUAAUGUCCUAGCUCUGAAUAUGCACAACUUUACCCAAACCAUUUUAUGGAGCAAAAGAAGGUAAGAUUAAUUUAUUUUUUUGUGGAGAAAGUCUUUGGCAUGCUAUUUUUGGCAUGGUAGAGAAGUUUUAAAUGGAAUCGGUGUUCCCCAGGCAGCUGUUAGCCAAAAUGUCUCUUUGGAAACUUUGCUUUCACCUGGCUCUGCAGGGAUUUAACUCAGUAAGUAAUGAAAAUCUGAUUAUUUUUGCAGAACAGACAAAACAAAAAUGGGGCAUUCACUGAUGAGGUGUGGAAUAGCAUGUCAGGGUUGACUCUGGAACACAGACGCAGUGAUUCGAUCCCCAGUACCACUGAUGGGGUUGAGUACAGCUACCCUGGCCAUUGGAAUGGGAUCUUAGCAAAAUAAAACAGCUGUUCUCCUCUCAGAGGAGAGAGGGAAAGCAACAGAGGUAUUCACAGACCCAAUGUCCACUAUGGCUCAGUUUAAUAUCACUGGGACCAAAUUAUUGGCAGAACUGCAAAAUAUUUGGGCACCAGAAGGGCUCUGGUGUUGGAUAAGGUAUGAUUUCAUCAUGGAUUUCAAAUAAAUGUUAGUAGAGGGAGUGAUAUUUCCUAGGAUGCUGGUGACUCACAAUUAGAUGCAUCUGUUUCAUGUUCCGCAACCUUACUACUCCCCCU